AUGACCCCGCGGGAGCAGCUGAGGAAGAUGACAGCGAUGGGGGAGCAGGGAGCUUUGGACGAGAAGCACUGGUACCGCCUGGUCAACGGCAUGUCAGCUGGAGAGCUGAGGCAGAGACAGGAGUUAAUAAUGAGGAACCAGAUGGCCAUGGCUCCGCAGAUUCUCGCCCAGGGGCAGCAGAGGUUACAAGGAGUCCCAGCACAGUUUGAACCUCAUUUCAUGGAGAGGGAGAUGGUUCAGCCCAAUGAGAUGGUUUCCUCUGAUGGCCGACAGAUGCACAUGGGGCCUCACCUGGGUCCACCUAUGCCCCCGCAUGGCAACCUCAUGCCUGGGAGAGGAUUCCCUGGAGCAGCAGGCUAUGGCUUCAUGCCCUCUGAGCCUAUGGAAACAGUUGCCCGGCGACAGGAGCUCAUUCACAAGCAAAACAUCGCAAGAAUGGAGAUGAACGCCAUCCUGCACCAGAAGGAGCUGGAGAACGCCCACCAGAAGGGACUGAUAGGAAUGGACAAUCCCAUGGCUUACCCCUCCAACCACAUGGCCUUCAGAGGCCGACAGCGCAUGCCAGACGGCCACGAUGUCUUCGUCCACCGACCAACUCUGGACGAACUUCACUCCAACAGCAUCCUCAUGUCAGCCAGCCCUUACCCGCCCAUCAGCACGCUGCACAGGGAGAGGGGACGGAGGGCAGGCAGAAGGCCGACCGCUCACAAGAGUGCAGAAAGCCACGUGGCCAACCUGAAGUGCCAGGCUGAGGAUAAAAAUGUAGAGCAGAGCCCCGGGGCCACAUCAGGGGAGGAGAAGGAUUCGGAGGCCAAGGGGGACAUGGGAGAGGAGUGUGCCACCAGUAAAACACACCAUCAAGCAAAAAUAGAGUCAGAACUUACAGGAAGCAGGAAGAACUACAAAGAAGGGGAUUCAGCUCUGCGCAAGGCCUGUGUGAACACGCAGGACAGCUGCUCUGAUCCGGCCAACAGUGGCACCACCGAAAAAGACAUUUCCAGCCAGUGUUCAGCUUUCCAGGAGAAGUUCAUGUAUCCCUCAGCAGGAGGAGCUCUCCCCGGGAUGCCUUACAUGUUCCCAGUCCCUGGAAAUGGCUUCCUCCCACCUGGUCCACGGAAUCUCUUUCUUAAUGGGGAUGAGGUGUCGGAGGACAUAAGGAAGUGGACGGUGAAUGACGUUUACAACUUUAUCAACAGUAUACCCACGUGUGCAGAAUACGCUCAGACGUUCAAGGACCACAUGAUUGAUGGGGAGACGCUCCCCCUCCUCUCAGAGGAACAUCUACUGGACACGCUGGGGCUCAAGCUGGGGCCGGCUCUCAAGAUCCGCUCACAGGUGUCCAAGCGUCUUGGCAACAUGUUGUACAUGAUGAACCUGCCGCUGCCCACCGCCCCCCUGCACGCCCCCCCGGAGAAGCCCGGGGACCGCUCCUCAGAGAUCGGCUCCCCUGUCAAUUGCAACAGUGAGGAGAUGGUGGCGAGUCCAAGAGACCCUGAUGUCCUCAAAUCCACAGAGCACCUUCACGAGACAGAAAACAACUCCCCUCCGUCUGCCAGCAGCGAGACAGUGUGA